AGAGUGGAUGUCAAAUGCAGCCCAAGUCUCUGGCCCACGACGCCCAAACUCGCCCAUCCGCAAUCUGGAAUUUUUCUGGAUGCAACUUUCCUCGUCGGCCCCCCUUGCCCUCCCCCGGGCUCCAGGCAAGGCAAAGCCAGGACACACGGCGCAGCUGAUCUCCUUCCAGGAAUCCACCCCUCUUGCUUUUGCCUUUGGCAUAUUUUUUCUUUCUCCCAUCGUCCAUUCUGUUGCACCGGCGGCCUGUCACCGACCCCCCGGGAGCCAUCACCGCUGUUUAGAAUCGGAUUUCGUGGGACCUCGGGACACCUUCCUUCCAAUAAAGGCCCCUGGUCUUCUUCAGACUUCUCGUCACCAUCUCCUGUUCCCAGGCAGAAGAAUCCGGCUUCUGCGAAAUACACUACGAAGUACGGAGUACGGAUACAAAGUUACAAUCUCAUCGCUGCCAUCAACCACCGUCUACAAAGUACAUUCACUGCCACUGGGUUCUUUUGUCUCUAUCCGUAAUCACACUCGGCUUCUCGAGUCUUCUAUCUUGGCUGAUAUCGGCGCUGCUGUGGGCGCAUUUCCCAGGGCCAAGGGUCGCAAGUGCUCUAGUCAGGAACUGGAGGACCGGGACCACGGCCGGGACCACGGCCGGGACCUGCAGUCUGGCGCAUCUCUUGCUUCAAAAUUUGCCAUUUCCAAAGUUCGGGUACGGUGUACCAAAUCCAAGGCACGGAAGAACUCAGGGAUAUCCAGCAAAUUUCUAAUAAGUCGUUUGAUUGCCGCCAUUUCGAGCAAACAGUAGUGCUGUG